CAGUCAACAACGAGACCGUAUUGACGGUCGUAAACGGUGCUCGGUCGAUAUAUGCCCUUUUGAUUUAUCCAUAGAAUGUCAAACAAUGUUGUCGAAUAAAUAUUUUCCGCAUUGAUAAAUAUUGGGCUAACAGAAGAUGACUGCUGUCAGCAAGCUAGGGCGUCCUCUGUGCCAUGGCGUCAGAGUGGUUCUGUCAGGGCCCCGUACCCUGACCCAGCAUCUCCCCAUGCAACAACUUGAGACUUGGUCACCUCUCCCAUCCAGUUCAGGACUCUCAUUGAACCUUCAGGCAGUCGACAGAUGUCCCACAUUUGUUCAGAAACGUUACCUUCACAAAGAUGAUAUCAGGACAAAAGACCCGGAAUCUGGCCUACCUAUUAUUCAUCCCAAAAAGGGCUUACUGGUCUACACGGGAUCAUUAAGCAGUAAUCUGACCAGGGUGAAAAUGGUGUCUAUGAGUACGAGCAUGAUUUCUGUGUUUGUGCAGCCUUUUGUCAUCUCAGCUGCCAAGGAUGACAUGAUGAUGAAGGCUGGUAUACUUGGCACUAUCAGCACUCUGGUGUUCUGUACCCCUGCUCUGCUUCACUUCGUGGCAAAGAAGUAUAUCACCGACAUCUAUUACAAUGAGGACACUAAGGUGUUCACGUUGGCCAGAAAAACGUUUUUCUUACGGAGAAAAGAGGUUGAAUACAAAGCUGAAGACGUCAAGAUUCCAUUCCAUGGUGGAUUCUUGGUUAAUCAUGUCAUCAAAGGUACAAAUUAUUUCAUCGAUGUUGCAAGUUUUCGCAGCAAAGACAUUUACAAGCACAUGGUCGGGUAUGACUCUCCCAUGACAGAGGAAAUAAAGAUUUUAUCAAGCGAUGUAACAGCCCCUAAGAAAGAAAUGAGCAAGAAGAAGUUUGGUCUGUUUGAAGACGAAGAUGAAACUGUGAAAAACCAACAUUUAGAGCCAGAUGCCAAUAAAAAGAUUGCACUCAUGCGAGAUGAGCCCCAGAAAACUCGCGUUCAAACAGCCAUGCCCCCAAAGCCAUCCAUGCUUGGGAACCCAGUCCUGUUAGAUGAUGACGAUGACGACUGUGGAACAACUAAAGCAGCUGAAAAACAGAAGACAAAAAUUAAACAAUGAAAUGAUUGAUCUUUGAUCAUUUAAUUUUUCGAUAACACAUUUUUUUUGGCACUACAGUUUUGUAUAUUGGAUUUGCCUCAUUAAUGAGUUUAAAGUUGAAAUACAGUAAGACGUUCACAAAAAUUAUGUUGAAAUGACAUUAUGAUUUACACUUUUAAUUUUUUAGGAUGAUAGUCUUUCUAAAGAGAUUGCUGAUGUUGUGUAAAGACAAAAUUUGUUGCUUUGUUGGAAAUAUUUUAUUUGAAACAAGUUUAUGAUUUCAGUUGACAAAUCAUUGUUUCUAGAAAAUAAAUAAAAUAUAUUUGA